CUUUAGUAAUAAUUAGUAAAUACAGUCAACUUUACACACAAAACAACACAAACACACAAAACACGUGACACUCGAUUGUAUUCAUAUAUAACAUUACAUAUCAUAUACAGUGUGUGUUAUAAAAAUAAAAUGUUUUUUUAAAAAUAAAUCGCGUGUUUUGUUGACACCACACACACGUGCGCUGAUAUUACACGUACACACAGAUAUAGACAGUGUGGACAUGGAUGUGAUGAACAGUAGUCGACAACAAUCAAGCAGUAGUAGCGGCGGCGGCGGCGGCGGCGGCGGCGGCGGCGGCGGUAAUGGUAGCGGUAAUAGUGACCAUCAAAACAGCACUGAAGAGGAGAUAAUGGACAUCAACUUGUUUUGUCAGAGUCUUCAGGCGAAAGCUCUUCGGGCGACCAAAUCAUCGAUGUCUAUAAAACCAUCGGAUGUUAGCUGUUUUAGUGGAUCAAGUGAUCGAUUUCUGCAGAUUAUUAGACACGAAAACAAUGAAUGUAUAGAUAUGUUAUCAUCGCUUAUACAAAAUGAACUGAAAGGCGGCAAACGUAUCGAUCGGAUCCAAUCGGAUGACGACAAAAGCGAUCUAAUCGGUGAUCUCAAUGACAAUAUCUUUGAUAAAAUUGGUAACUAUUUGGAUGAGGCGUCCGGUAUUAAACAAAAAGAAGCGGAUCUAGUCUUAGCCACUAUUGGUUCAGAUAAGCGUCUAUCGGUUACUACCACUAGUUCAUCGUGGAAUCGCCGAAAGAUAAUACACGCCAACCAUAACAACAACAACAAUAGAGGCAAAGAUAAUAGCAAUUUGAAGCUAUUGUCCGCUAAAUUGGUUGAGAGAUCGCAAUUGAAAUUCAAGGAUAAAAUCGAUAAUACAAACCAUGCGUUCGUACCGAUCAUUAAAGACAAACCAAAUUCAUUGAAACCGUUGGCCAUACUGUUGGAGAAGACAGAGUCGGACUUCGAUACGUAUUCACAUCCGUAUGAGUUCGAGAUCGAUAUGUUUCGGCCGAACGAUCGCUUUCUGGAUAUCGAAGUACCAGAGUUCCCGAAACCGAUCACUGAAACGGAAUUCAAAUUCAUUAGAAAAUCUGAUGAUUUGAUGGAAAUGUGCAAUCAGUUGAAGACUUGCGAUAUUAUUGCCGUCGAUCUAGAACAUCACUCGUAUCGUACAUUUCAAGGGUUUACAUGUUUGAUACAGAUAUCGACAAAAACCAAUGAUUUUAUAGUAGACGCUCUGGAACUGCGCUCAGAGAUACAUGUGCUCAACGAAGUGUUUACCUGUCCAUCGAUAUUGAAAGUAUUUCACGGCGCCGACAUGGAUGUCCAAUGGCUUCAACGUGAUUUCGGUGUCUAUGUGGUCAACCUAUUCGAUACCUAUCAGGCCUCCAAACUGCUAGACUUUCCCCACUUGUCUCUAUCGUAUUUGUUGAAAAAGUAUUGCAAUAUCGAUGCCAACAAACAGUUUCAAUUGGCCGACUGGCGUAUACGGCCGCUAACCCCGGAUAUGUUACGCUAUGCUCGCGAAGAUACACAUUCAUUGAUAUUCAUCUAUAUUCAGAUGAAAAACGAAUUGAUUGCCAAAGGAAAUGCCGAAAAAAACCUAUUGAGGGCUGUGUUUGAUAGAAGUAAAUCAGUUUGUCUUAAGAAAUAUGAGAAGCCAUUGUAUACGCCAGAUAGCUAUAGACUAUUGUUAAAGAAAUCAAAUGUCAAUUUUAAUUCAAGACAAUUGUUUGCAUUGAAAGAGUUGUACGCCUGGAGAGACCGUAUGGCACGCAAUGAUGACGAAAGUAUUGGUUAUGUAUUACCAAAUCAUAUGCUUCUACAUAUUGCCGAAGUAUUGCCCCGUGAACAACAGGGAAUACUAGCCUCUUGUAAUCCCAUUCCUCCGUUAGUCAAACAACAACUCAAUGAAAUACAUUUAAUUAUAUUGAAGGCCAGAGAUAGGCCAUUGAAUAAUAAUAAUAAUGAAAAUAACGAUAAUAAUAAUAAUAAUAGAUUUGAUGAUAAAUCUAAUAAUAGAUAUUCAACUAUAAAAAAUUUGUUUAGUAGAAAAUAUAUCGAUUUAGAUGAUCAACAGUUUGAUUGCAAAUACGAUAGAUUUGCUGCCGAUUCCUAUUUGAAUACUAAUCCAUUGAUUGACGACCAAAAUGAAAUACAUUACGAAUUGAUAGCAGAUAUUGAUAAGAAAAUUGAUAACAAAUUAGUUGUCAAUAAUAAUAAUAAUACUAAUAAUAGUUUGUCACCGUUUGUUGACUUUUUUACCCGCGAUUUAUUACCGAUAAAAAAAUCUAUGGACAACAACAACGGCAACAAUACGCCAACAAUUCAUAAGACUAUUUGUUCAUCAUUUAUAUCGCUAUUUGACAGAUAUCAAUUAACUAUAAAAAGACGACAAAAUAGUAUCAAAAAACAAGAUAUUGAAGACAUUAAAGAUAAGACAAUAAAAAAUGAUAAAAAUAUAAAUAGAAUAUAUUCGCAUUAUUUGGGAUUAACUUCUUCUUCUAGUUCGUCGAAAUCAUCGAAAAACACUUCAAAAGUAUCACAACAACAACAAGUGAUUAAAGAUGAAGAGGAAGAACAAGAAGAAGGAGAGAUCGAUGACAUGAAAGACAAUGUUGUUGUAAAUCCCGAAACAACGAAUGAGACUAUUGGUGAUAAUUAUCGAAAAUCGAAAAAACCGAAGACAUCGUCGUCGUCGUCGCCGUCCUCGUCGUCUAUGUCGAUGAAUAAGAAAACGAUCGAACCGUUCAACUAUGAAGCCUAUGAUUAUUCGACAUUUUCGGCCCCCAGAACAUCGGGAAACAAUUCGGGAAAAUCUGGAAAUAAAUCGAAAAGAAGACAACAAUCGUUUAAAAAUAAUAAUAAUAAGAAAACUUUUCAAAAAAAUUCAAAUCAAUCGAAAAGCUAUUCAUUUAAUCCAAACAACAAUAGCAACAAAAAACAAAGAUUUUAAAUUAACUAUAGGAAG